GAGACGCCUCGGCCGCCGCCGCCGCCGCCAACCAAGGUGCCUGCAGCCGCGUCGCAGCUCGCCGCAUACGCUGCGCCCGUCUCCUACGCCACCGUGGGGCAGCCGCCAGCGGCCGAGCGGCCGGCCUCCGACGCGACGCCGCUGCGCUCCACGAUCCGAGCCGACAUUGACCGCCGCGUCAACCGCGCCGCCAUCGCCGCGCUCGCUCGCGCCAAGGGGCACUCAAAGGCCGCCGCCGCGAGCCGGCAGCCGGCCGAGCGCGCCCUGUGCGUCGCCGCGCCAGCCACGAGCGCCGCCGCCCCAGCUCCACCGGCGGCUCCGGCGCGCCGGGUGGCUGGAAGGACCGCACGUGAGCGCUGCCGCGGCUGCGUCGAGAGGGCCGCAGAGGCGGCGAGGCUGGGCGAUGAGCUCGUCCGCUCUGAUUGCGAGUGGCGGAGGAUGGUCCACUUGCUGGAAGGGGAGCUGGUCGCCUCGCGCCGCACUGUGACGCGGCUCGAGGCCGAGCUCGCCACGCACGCGCGUUUGCUGCCGGCGCCUCCCGCUCCCGCUCCUCAGCACGCCCCUCCUCCCCCUCCUCCCCCGCCGCGGCGUCGUCUGCACCGCGGCGCGGAACCGCCACUGGAGAGGGAGGGGCCGCCGUUAGACCGGCCACCGCCAGUGCGACCGCCGCCGGAAGUGCCUCCGCCGCCUCCGAUGGAGCGUUCAUUGCGAGAGCAGUCGCUGCCAGAGCAGUCGCUGCCAGAGCAGUCGCUGCCAGAGCAGUCGCUGCCAGAGCAGUCGCUGCCAGAGCAGUCGCUGCCAGAGCAGUCGCUGCCAGACUCUUCGCCGCCGGUGACUGCGGCGGCCUGGAGGCGGCACCUGCUCGACGAGAGGCAGGAGGUUGCGGCGCGGGAGGCGCGGGCGCGAGGCGCGGCGGCGGCGGCGGGCGAGGCGGCGGCGGCGGCGGUGGCGAGGGAGGCGGCGUUGGCUGCCGCGGACGCCGUCGCUAUGGCGAGAGGCCCUCGCCACCACGGGGAGUGCUUGAGACCGCGCACUCUGGGGCAGCGCCGGGCAGAGUGCGCGGCAGAGGGCGGCGGGGAGGAGGAGGAGGAAGCGCCGCGGGAGCGGGCGCCGACGCAGAGAGCGGCGGCGGCGGAGCUCGGUCUGGGAGAUACAGGGAGAUAUGGGGAGAUACGGGGAGAUGUGGGGAGAUAUGGUCUGGAGCCCGAGGCGGCGGGUGGCUGCUCCUACGCGGGCUCGCCACCGUCCUCCUCGCGACGCCGCGCGGGAGCAGCAGAGGAGGGGGGGGAGUGGCGCAGAGGCGGCGGCAGCCCCUCCCUCUUCCCGCCCCCGCAGCGGCUCUGCGCGUGGGGGGCCGCCGCCGCCGCCGGCGCGCCUCCCCUUCCGCCGAGCAGCCUCGCGCCCAAGCCUGAGCCGCCGCCGUUCGGCUUCACCCCUCCUGCGAGGGUGGUGGCGUGGGCGGCGGACGACGCAAGCCGCGACGCCAAGCGGCCGCGCUCCCCCGCCUGGCUGUGCGUGGGCGCCGAGCGCACCGGCGCGACGAUGCGCCAUCCCGUCGGCCCGCGCGUGCUGCACACCGCCCGCGAGCUCGUGCGAGAGUCGAAAGCCAUCCUCUCCGCCGCGCCGCACCCGGCGAGGCUGCGGCCGACCGGGCCCUUCGACGCAU